AAGUUCUAUCUUGAUUAAAAAUAUUACAGCCAUGUUUAAAAUAGUACAAGAAAAAUGGAAGGCGUUUGGCUAGUGUCUUGUAUCCUCACACUGUCUUGUGUUGUAACUGUCGACUCUGUCAAACAGUAUGGACUAGCUGUGGAGAAGUCGAUUUUAUUUUACAACGCUCAAAGAUCUGGCAAACUUCCAGCCAACAAUCCCAUCCCAUGGAGAGGGGACUCAGCUCUGAACGACUGCGUGGUGGGUGGAUGGUAUGACGCCGGUGACCACAUCAAGUUUGGACUUCCAGCAUCAUUUGCAACCACGGCUUUAUUGUGGUCACUCGUCAGAUUUAAGGAUGGUUAUCAAAGAGCUGGUCAGCUUGACCAAAUGUACAACAUGAUCAAAUGGCCGCUUGACUACUUCCUGUCUGCCUGGCAUCCGUCCAGGAACGAGCUUACCGUCCAGGUUGCAGACGGCACUGACCACAACUUCUGGGGCCGAGCAGAAGAUAUGACCAUGGCGAGACCAUGCCAAGUGAUCAACACAUCCAUCAGGGGCAGUGACGUAGCAGCUGGUACAGCGGCGGCUCUUGCUGCAGGCUCCAUCGUGUUUAAAGAGAAAGGUGACACAGUGUAUUCUAACCAGCUUCUAUCCGCUGCCCAAAGUUUAUACAUUUAUGCCAAGACAUAUAGAGGUAUAUUCACUGGGGCCGCAGAGUUCUACAACCCCUCCAGUGAUAAGGACGAGCUGUGUGAAGCUGGAAUGUGGCUCUACAAGGCAACCAACACUGCCCAGUAUCUGACUGACGCAAGGACCUUCGCUGAACGAUACGCUGCUUGGGCUUACAGCUGGGAGGAUAAACAAUUGGCAUGCCAUCAGCUCCUGUAUGAAGCCACAAGAGAGAACCAGUACAGGAACUUAGUCGUGACCUACUUUAACAGUUGGUUGCCUGGAGGAAGUGUAAGAUACACCCCUUGUGGUCUCGCCUGGAGACACCUCUGGGGUGCGAAUGGAUAUGCUGCAAGUUCAGCUUUGGUGGCCUUGGUGGCUGCAGAGUCUGGCAUCGACAGCACAAGGUACAGGAAGUGGGCAGCGGAGCAAGUCAACUACAUCCUAGGGGACAAUCACCACAGCGGUGGAUGCUACAGCUACAUGGUCGGAUACGGGAGCAAGUACCCACAGCAGCCUCACCACGCGGGCGCUUCGUGCCCCGACCGGCCUGCUUCCUGUGGCUGGGCGCAAUACAGUUCCCCGUCACCAAAUCCUCAAGUGCUACACGGGGCGCUGGUGGGUGGCCCCGACAUUGAUGAUGACUACGUCGAUCUUAGGUCCGACUACGUUCAAAACGAGGUGUCCAUUUCCUACAACUCUGGCCUACACGGCGCCCUAGCGGGGCUACUCCACCUUCAAGCCAGCUCAAUGUUGCCUGCAACUAGUAACUUAUGCCCAUGUAAUCAAUAAACUGUUCCUCCCCCCCCCCCCACUAAUUAUUUAUGUAAUUAUGAAACAUCAUUAAAUGGUCGAAAUGUCAAAA